GGAGGGAGGCGGCCAUGUUGUCGUAGUCCACUGAUGUAAAAUUGCUACUAUCCUACUAAAGCCACUAGCUGGUGUUACAUGACUACAACUCCCAUAAUCCCCUACCGUCUCCAGGCUCUCCUCUAUUUCCUAUAGUUAGUGACAUGGACCCAGGGGCUUAUGGGAAAGGUCCUCUGCACGAGGAGAAACUAGAUGCUACCACUGAGGUGCAGGCUCUGUAUACUACUGAACUCAGUGUCUCCUGGAAGAGAUGUUUCCACCAAGACCGGAUGUCUUCCUGACAGUCUUUAUGAUGGACAAGAGUCUUAUGAAUGAGAAGAUAUUGAGUCUAACAAUGGAGAUUAUCUACCUGCUGAUAGGGGAUUACACAGUAGUUAAGAAGACGUCAAGAGAGUGUGACACACCCAGCAGCCAUUCCCGUGUGUCAGGAGGCCUGAGCAGGACCCAGAGCCCCAUCACGGUGCCUCUACCUCACUCACUGAUAGAUGAGAGGCACAAUGACCAGAAGAUCCUGGAACUCACCAACAAGAUCAUUCAGCUGCUGACUGGAGAGGUUCCUAUAAGGUGUGAGGAUGUCACCGUCUAUUUCUCCAUGAAGGAGUGGGAGUAUAUAGAGGAACACAGGGGUCUGUACAAGGACGUGAUGAUGGAGAAUCACCGGCCCCUCACAUCACUGGAUGGGGCCAGUAACAGGAAUACCCCAGAGAGAAGUCCCCGUCCUCUUUAUUCCCAGGAUGAUACAACAGAGAAUCACAGUGUCCCACAGGAGGGUCAGGGUGAAGUUUCCAUAAAUAUUAAGGUAGAAGAUAUAAAGGAGGAAGAAGAGACGUAUGUGAUGAUAGAUCAGCAGUGUAAGGAGGAGGAAAUCCCUACAGAUAUCAGCACAGACGGACACAGCAGCGGCGGGAACACCUCGGGGGGGCAUCUCGUUGUACCUUCAGAGUGUAAGAAAGAAGAUGACGAAGCCACACUGGAUUCUCCAGUGGAAAAACCUAUUACUCCUAAUAUACAUCCAGUACCUCCCAGUGCAGAUCUGCCAUUUGGUGUCGAUAACCAUGAGCAAUUCUUUUCGGAUAAAUCAGAUCUAGCUACACACAAUACAGCCCGUAGGGGCUAUAAGACAUAUCAGUGCUUUGAAUGUGGUAAACAUUUCAGCCAUAAUGCCGACCUUAAAAGACAUCACCGAAUUCACACCGGGGAGAAGCCCUUUGUGUGCUCCGAGUGCGGGAAACGCUUCACGCAGAAAUCAGCACUUGUCUAUCACCGGAGGACGCACACCGGCGAGAAGCCGUUCGCUUGUCUGGACUGCGGCAAAUCCUUUGCCCAUAAAUCCAUCCUCGUCAAUCACCGGAGAGUUCACAGCGGCGAGAAGCCGUUCUCCUGCUCCGACUGCGGCAAGUGCUUUGCGUGCAAGUCCUAUCUCACCGACCACCAGAGAACCCACACGGGGUUGAAGCCCUUCCUGUGCAGCGAGUGUCACAAAUGUUUUACCCACAAGUCAGAUCUCAAUAAGCACGUUAGAAUCCACACUGGGGAGAGACCGUACGCCUGCCCGGAGUGUGGGAAAGGGUUUACGCAGAGGGCCAACCUCACCGUGCACCAAAAGGUCCACAUGGUGAAAGUAAGGCCGUUUCCCUAAACUGAUAGACACAAGAGCGGAAUAUAUUGGCGCUGGAUAUACUGUAAUAACCAGCUUAUCAGUAAUAAACCUGACAAAGGUGCACAGUGUUGUAGAGCAAUCAACAUCCGGUCUUCGUGUGGGAAUCAGGGACGUGUCUCAGCCACUAUAGUAUCCAUAGCUUUCAUGCAAUAAAGGGGUUCCUGUAGCCAUUUUGAAGAUACGGGAAUCCAAAUCACUCAAGCACAGUGGUACAUGAAAACCAACAGUGGGUUAUUGAACAGAAUGGGUGAUAAACUCUUCAGUAAUACAAUCCAAACCAACAAUUACCACAGAAUAUCACUUCUUAGCCUAGGAGCAGAGAACCUCUCUCCAGCCCUUAGAAUAGCCCACCUUUAUCAUACUCCUCAUCCCCUCCCCAUGGGAACGCCCUACCUAGUUCCAAAAGGUUGAGAUUGGUGGGGUCUUUGCAGUGUCCAACCCCUACUACCUCCCCUCAUGUGUCAUCUCUCAGUAUUCAACAGGGUUUGUUGACGUGGGAAAUGAGGCAAAUCUUUAUUAAUAGUCACAGACCUCCUAUUUUCUCCUUAGUAGUGAUUGGUGCUCCCCGUUUUCCUCCAUCUUUGGGGCUUUGCUUAUUAUAAGUGCUAUUGAGAUGACCGUCACCUUACGCCUUUGGCUUUUAAUAACUGCCAUUAUUAAAAGCCAACUCUAGAUGAACCUUUUUUCCUGUAUGGAUAACUACUCAGAUUAUAUCAUGCAAGGGGUCUGUAUACUAAGACAAAACCACUGACAUUAUUCAACUUUAGCCUACAUUAAAUAAUAAUAACUUCAGUUCACAAUAAAGCUACAGAGUAGAGAUAUUAUAUACCUCUGAUGGAUCAUGGUGUAUAAAGCUCAUGUUUAGUCCCAAAUCUUGUCACCACACUUACUGGAGGAGUUAGGGGGCAGUGGCCGGAGAACAGGAUGUGGUGUCUUUGUUGUAUCAGGACUGAUGGUUGACAAUACGUCUUGAUAAAGCUAAUUAUUUACCUUUUAACAUAAGCUAUUUACUAAUACCGUGUAGCCGUAAUGGCCGCUAAACCACGUGCACGUGCUACGCACUUCGUACGCUAUUUGCGUACAAAGACCUCAUACAUGGUACGCAAGUUACGUACACGCUGCGCUGGGUAUACGGAAUACACACAGCGAGCGUACACACAGACAGUAACCUUUAUAAACUUUAAACACAGAAUAUGCUUACACUGUAAACCUUAAUACCGUGGUACUAUAAUGGUGUAA